AUGCCACGCAAAACACCAGCGGUGGAUCCCUUCACGCGUGAUGCCGAAGGGAAUCGUAUCUUCGCUCCCGGAACCGUAAGCAAGCGUAAGCAUGCCACACUUACAGAUCGUGAGCGCGAAAUCUACAGAGCGUCCUUGCUCCCUCAUGAAGAACAACAGCAUGCAAGGUUUCGUGAGUUGCACAAGGAAUCGGUUGAAAAUUUACAAAGGCGUGGAGCCAUGAAACCCACUUUACCGAUUGUAGAAACAGUGAAGCCGACUGAAGCAAGUCUGCAGGAAGAGCUUACAAGGCAGGCACUUCAAAGGAAAGAUAAGCUUAAUAAGGCUGCGGUUCGGCGGAACUGGGAGGCUGAAAAUGGAGUUCGUACGUACUUCGGGAUGCCACGGCUUACUGAUCCCACCCAUUCCAUGUCCACGCCACCAAUUGAAUCUCCUCAGCUCCCACGCAAACGAGUUCAUAAUGAUAACUCUGCGAUAGCUGAUAUACAGCCUACUCAAGAUUUGCUUGAGGUGCCUGCCCCAGCGCUGGAGGUGCAACCCGCUAAAAGGCGCCGGAUCCAAACGGACGAUAUUCGAACCAAGGCUAUAGAAAGACAGGCAGCAAAAAAGGCCAGCGAACGGAAGGCAAUGUCUCUAUCUCUCCCAGAGGUCCCUGAGUGGGUUGGUGAGCUGAUUGAGCCAGAAAUGGAGAGACUUUUGGCCACUACAACACAUUCGUCUCGCAUUCUGCAAAGCCAAGCCGAGGCUAAAGCUCAUAAAAUGGAGAAGAGUCGUUCAGCUUUUUUAGCUACCCCGGAGCCUCAAUCUCCAACCAAUGAAGAGUUCAAAAAUCAAGGUAGCAUAGUGGCUGAUAAUGGUGAGGUUUGGGCUUUCCCAGGCUCUUAUGUUAUGUUGACUUAUAACACCGGCAUGAAAGAUGAUAUCCUGGUAGCCAAUAACGGCCACGAAAAUACCACAGUGAGCAUUGAAAGCGAGGGCGUCCCUGCUGAUCCUGAGAAUUGUACCGCUAUCCAGGAAGAAAUGGGGCCUCAGCCCAACGUCCCACAACCCCCCACUGGCGAAGCAGUUGUUUUAAAAAUUGCCCCGGCUAUCCGUAAACAUAGGCCGUCAGUACGUUCGAAGCCCAAAGAUCUCUUAUAUACAGUUGCUAUUCACAAGUUUAGGGUUGAAGUGCAUGGCUCCUUAAUUGACGACUCUCCGAGGGUUCAAGAGCAGCUUUCAUCUCGAAAUAGACUUGAGACAUUCCGUCGCAGAAUCUUCAACCUGGGUAAAGGUGACCUUACCGGUGAAGCGUGGUCCGGUGUUUUCAUUGCCUAUUUGAAGCCAAACACAGUCGGCACGUUCUCUUACUGGAACUUUAUUCAUACCGCCGAUGAUUAUAUCGAAUAUUUACACCAUAUUGCGAGAGAGGGUGAUCAGCAAGAGCAUCAUCUGGUCACCGGCAACAGGGCGGACGCUCAUUUGCUGCCACCUCCUCACCCAAGUCGGCCUCAAACAGCCCCUACCAUUACCAAUACCGAAGGCGGCCUAUCGUCCACGGACACAGCCAGCUCGGCUCAAAGGAUCUAUCGCGGAUCGGUUCCAGUAAUCCCAUGGCUUCCCACCAGCUGCUCGGCGGGUGACCAGCAGGCCUCCGAACCCAGCCAGGUAGGAGAAGGCGGCGAGGAUGGUUUCUCGUCACAGCUCCAUAUGUCCUCUCUCGGCGAGGCGUUUAAGUUGGUUGAUCCUGGCUUAAGACCGGGCUUCUCUCAGCCUCAACCUACGCUGACCACUCAGUCGCACGUCGUACGUCCUAUGGCAAGUAAGACUUAUUGGGGUUUCGCGAGACAAUUUUCGAUGAGUGUUGAGGGCGAAAGUCGGCAUGAGCCCUAUACACAAGCCCAAACAUCGUUCAUGCUCAGUGAGCCUCCAAACUGCCAUGGCGUUGAUUAUCCGCCAAAUCUUCAACACAUGGGGCUCUCCGCGAUUGAAGGAUCUACAAAUGUCCCCAAUUUUGUAGAACUAUAUCCAAUAGUUGAACCGCCUUUCCUCUCCUGCCUUGCUGAGUUCAGGGGAGUAACGGCUUCACGCAACCAACAUUUUAACCCGCCGGAAAAUUCCUUGUCUCCCGACAAUUCCUUCUCCCCCGACAAUUCCUUCGCCAACGACAGUUCCUUCACCAACGACGGAGAAAUAGGGAUUGGCCAUCCGGAUUUUUUCAAUUGCAUUGAAGAUGAGGGCGAAUCUGAGACGUUCCAUAGCAUUCCUGAGUUUCUCGACUAUAAUUCCCUCGAUAAAGGGCAGGCCAGCUCUCCACCGGAUGAAUCUGAGAGAAAGCUUCUGAGCACAUAA